AUGGACAGCUGGACUCUUCAAGGAGACAGCUACUCCUUCCUGCGCAGUGCGCCCCGCACCUUUACCCUUUGCCGUCGUGACGGCACCCCCAACCACGUAGAACUCUUUGACAUCAUCAACGUCCCCACUCAGCGCAGCGCCAUCUCCGAGACCACUUGCCUGUGUGACAUUUUUGGAGACGACUGUGAGUCGCCCUCCCUCUCAAGCAGCCCUGCUGUAGGGGCCUUUGUCCUUUCUAAGAGGGAGGUGGACGGGACAGCUGCUGCAUCACCUCUGGUGGAUGAUCUGAAUGACUCAGGCUCCUACCACACUGCACACGGCUCCAGUGAAGGAGAGGAGGGAUUUGAAGAUUCAAGAGAAAGGCUUUACAGCCCCCCGUUGCAGAGCCCGUCUUCAGAGAGGUGGCAGUCAGAGGGUGAGGGACUGAGUUCAGAGCAUCUAGACAUCUCUGAGGACAGUAGCCCAAAUUUAGAACGAAAAAGCAAAUCACCAGUCCCUCAGCUUAGUAGAGCUAGCCCACCACCUGAAGCCCUCAACACUGGUGAGAGAACGCCCUUUUCUGGAGAUAAUAGCCCCUUCACCAUUACUCCAGAGGGGAGAACACCCCCCUCCUCUUCUUCUGCAGUGGAGGUAAGACAUUCACCGUUAUCACCUAGUCCAAGACAAAAUCAGUUUGAAGCUGAACCAGAGAGACUCACUCUUGUUUUGAAAGACGAACACAACAGUCCUGCACAACAAUUCUUAAAUCCUAGUCCGUGCUCUGAGCCGAGGACCCGUGUUAGCUCAGCCUCCACUGAAUCAGUGAACACCCAGUCUUCACUUGACUUGAACCAACAAAGCAGUCCCUUGCCCGAGUCCACACCCGAACAUUUUUCGCCAGAUUUUACAGAGUCAGCCUUUGAAUCUAAAGCCAAUCUUUCAUCUUCAAUACCUGGAUCCAUUUGUACAGAGUCCCAUUCAAGAGAAACUUCAGUCACACCUGAGCUGAAGGAUAACCAAUACUCCCCCGAUACUCAAGCAUCAUCUCCUUUUCUUGAGCGAAGUAGGAGGGUUUCCCUGCCUGAUCUUUUCAGCAGAGGCUACACACCAGAUAUAGAAGAGCUACCCCACUCUCCUGAGCUGAUUUUUAUUCCUUCAUCUGCAGAAAGAGACACCACAACUACACCUGAGAGGCCAAAAACAGGGUUAUCAUUUGAAGGAGGCAGCACUGUUUCUACACCUGCUCCACGAUACACACCUCCCUCACCUGUCAUUUCAGUAACAACAUCUCCUGAGCUGGUGGAGACCAGUGUCUCACCUGUAUUUAGACACACAGCUCCCUCACCUGGCCUGCUCAGUGCUGCCUCUCCGGUUACCCCAGGGACGAGAACUCCCUCCCCUGCCCCCUCACCAAAAAUAAGAUACACUUCAACGCCUACUGAGAACAGGAGCCAGGUUUCCUCGCCUGUGGUAAGUUAUACUUUAUCUCCAUCACCUGGAGCUAGGAGCUACUGCUCUCCUGAAGAGCACAGACAUACCGCUCCUUCACCUGAAAUCAGGAUUACAGCCUCCUCACCUGAGCUUCUCACUUACUCUGCCUCAUCAAGAAGCCUCGACUCAUCCCCUCACAUCACAGGGAUAUCUUACAGCAUUGUUCAGCCAGAGGAGAGAGACACAUCCCCUUUUCCAGAGCUCUCUCGUCUCUCCACCCCUGAGCCUCAAAGGACACUUGUGUCCCCAGAGGCAGGGAGCCGUACUCACAGCAGAGGCAGUGUACAGAGCAGCACAGCAGGGUCCACUGGUACGCCACGACACUCACCUCAUACAUCAGGCUUCCCAAACUCUGUCCUGCAGCCUGAAAUAACUUUGUCAUAUCAACCCAGGUACCACACACCUUCACCUCAGCCACAGCAACAGACUCCCACACCUGAGCCAGGAUAUCAAACCCCUUCAUCUCAAAAGCAUCAAAGUCCCUCACCUCAGCAUCUCCCAAGUAAAGACCUAUCACUUGCUUCCCCCUCUCCUGAGCAGAGAUCGCCGGCAACCCUAUUCGCAGAAUACCGCUCUCAGUAUACACAGCCUACUCCUCCUCUGAGAAACACACCAGAGUUCGAGAAGGAGUCCUCUUCAGGGGAUAUUACAGAAAUACAGUACCCCACACAUUCUUCAAGAGACGUGUCACCCUUGUUUGAAUUAGACAAAGGAGUCACAUCAGUUCUUCCUGAAAUCAAAAGCAGUUCGCCAGUGGUCAUAGUUAGUUCACCUGUAUUUACUUCACCUUUCUUAGCAGAGGACAAGAUAGAGAGUUCAUUUGCACAACAAAGCAAAGAGAUAGAAGCACAAACAAAGGAAGUAUACAUUAAAGAUAACUUGAGUUUAGUCUCCUUCUCUGGGGAAAAGCAAAACUUUGGCUAUAAUUUUUUUCCUAACGAAGACCCUUCUUAUAAUCCAACAAUUGAAAUCAAGUCUCUUUCCCCUAAUGUUCUAGUCUCUAAGGACAGGAGCCCAACCAUUUCACCUGUCCACAGGGCCACAUCCAUCUCACCUGUGCAGAGACUGGAAAAACCACAGCCUCCGUUCACUACUCGUUCACCAAAUUCUGAAAAGGGCAGUUUCUUGAAAUCAUCUUGUACACCUGAGCUGUCAAGAAGACAUCCGUCAACAAAAGUUAGACCUGAAAACAGAGAGAGUUUCACUGAGAACAUGGCCCACCGUGCGCACAGAAGACGGACGCCCUCUCCACCACUCACCAGGUUUACACCUGUCCAUAUCAUAGCCCCUGAGAAACCAUACCGACAGUGGCAGAACAGAAGCCACAGCCCCUCUCAGGUUGUAUCAUCCUCACUAAGUGGUAAUUUGAAUACAGCGGUGACAAACAGGGAAAACCCCAAUGUUGCCCCUGUUGACAAUAAUAGCCAGGCCUACUGUGGAAGAGGAGGGCCAUUGGAGAUGGAUAGGGAAAUGCAUCUGGAGGAGGAGAGAGCAGUAGUUAGGGAGAGGCAAAGGGAUAGGGAGAUGAUGAGAGAGAAAAAGAGGGAGGAGCGUGUCCCUGAAAAGGGGGAGGGGUGGCAGGGGGACACCAGUAACAGAGGGGAACAGGUUGAGCUGUCAUUCAAUGCUCGGAAUAGAAAAGGGCCUGCGAGUCGCAGUGCAGCUCCCACAAGCAGAGAGACCCGUCAGGGACUGCCAACAGUGAAUUCCUGUUCAGAGAGCUUACUUGCCACCAGACAGCAACAGCAACAACAGAGUCUCCUGAGACUUUCCUCCCAACAGGACCCCAGAGGUGGUGGUCCAGGCAGACGACUUCAACCUCCUACACACCAGAACAAAAAAAGUGCUCUAGGACGCACAGCUGCAAGAAGGCCCUGCAGGAGUUCCAGCUCCAGCAUGGGAAGUGAGCUGGAUGAUGCAGAUGAUGAGGUGAAAUGGUUCUCAGACUUGGCUUUCCGCAGCGUGUCAAGUCCUGAGGUAGAUUACCUUGACAUGUACAACUCCAGCCAUCGUUCAUCAACCAACAUUUCUCAACCAUCUACCCAGGAGAGCCCCGCGGGGGUAAAUCCCACCUGGCAGGCGUACGCUGACUUCAGGGGUUCUGCUCCAAAACUGGACAAUGAUGAACUCUCCUUCCAGCAAUCAUCUGCGUACUACUCAGAUGGACUAGAUCCAUCAAGGCGCUAUGAGCUGGGCAGCUUUGAGUGCGUAGAUGUGUCUAUGGAAAGAAACGACACCAGGAAGGUGAGAAGAGGAGUUCCAAAGAGACAGAUCCAGCUGAAGAGAAAGGAUAAUGCUGAUGGGAAGCAGGAUGAGAGUAGUGAAAAUAGUAGUCCUGGAAUACCAGUCAUGGUGGAAAGCCCGUCUCUAGAGAGUCACAACAGAGAGACACUCAUGAGACAACACAGUACACCAGCAGUAACACAAGAUCGCUACCGCUCUGAGUGCAGUCCUGAGCCAAAUCCAAAAAAUGACAGAAGAUUCAAGUUCCAGAAAUCUGCCUCACUGGAUGAAACAUGCUCUAAAACCAAGUUGGCCACCUGUCUUAUUAAGAGUGUGUUGUCCAAGAAGAUGCAAUGUGUUGACAAAGAACCUGAUGACCAGGCAGAAGACGUGAGCCCUGCUUUUGAUGAAAACAGCCCACCAACAGAGAGCACAAUACAGAAAGUAUCCCCAAAUCCUGACAGGCAUAAUCUUAGUUCCACGCCUCUGUCAGAUUAUGGUGUCUCACCUGAGUGUCUUCCUUUGAGAGGAGAACCAAGCUCAAAGGACGAAGCCAAAUCAUCGAAAAGCUUUGGAAUGAGAACCAGUAACAGGCCAAGUUCAUCCAGCAGCAGCAGAAGUGUAAAUUUAUCUCAGACUGACAGUGAAGAUGCUGAUUCUCAGAGCAGGAAUGCAACGGCCUUAAGAUCUGACAUGAGAUCAGAAUUGAAAGUUCCAUUCGAUAGUAAAAUGUCCAGAACUGGAGUACGGCGAGCAGAUGGCAUUAAACUCUGGGACGAAAGGGAGGCUGGUGACUCAGCAAAUUCCGCUUCCGGGAACACAGGAGCUGCUUUUGCUACUGGAGCUGGCAGCAGGCAGGCUCGGAUGACAAACAGAGACCAGGAAUGUGAAAACACAGAGGACCAUAAACAACUUCAGGAGGGGGACGAGGGUGCCUGCACUUCAAAACCACAGCAGCUUACACUCAGAGCUGUGGAGAAAAAGAAAACCUCUCUAAAUGUCUGCCUUACACCUGAGGUAGAAAACAAACUUCAGGCUCCUUUACUGGAUAUAACUAACAGGGUAAAGGAGGACAGGGAAGAGACUAGUGUGCCAGAGAAAACAGAAGAAGAUGAAGGAAAUGCCAAUAACAAAAUUAAGGCCCCCAUACACAAAGUUAGAGACGUGAGGCAGCUUGUAAAAAAUACUUAUAAUCUGUCUUUCAAGGCACCUCGUGCUGGGUUGCCAUCAGAUGCGAAUGACGAAAAGAUGGAAACUUUUAAUGUGGAAAGGAGGGAGGAAGUAAAAGAGAACAGGAGGAAAGGCGUCACAGCAGGGAACGAGCAUGGAGUAAGCCAAGAAAUUAGGAUGGAAGAAAGGGAAGAGGCCUACAGGGCGGAGAGGGAAGAGGAAAAGAAAGAGGAGGUAAAAGAUUCAAAACUGCUAACCUUUCCUCCACCUCUUCAAAGCAAAGCAAAGCCUCUGCAUCGUCCUCAGCCAAUGCAAAUAGAAUACAAGGCUGUUUGCUUGAAAGAAGACAAAUAUAAAAUGUCAUGCAGCCAAAAAGCAAUCCCAGAUGACAAACCUCGGGCUUCUCCAGAACGUGUCACUGAGGUGAGCAGAGAAUCACAACAACAGAAAAACAGGAUAGGAGACACAACAAAUGGCAAAUCCUGUCAACAUGAUCUGAAAAAGGCAGCAGAGACACAAGAGGCUGUGACAGAAAUGUACAAAAUGCCAGACAAAGCGGUGGAACCUAUUGUUGUGACAACUGACAGAAAACCUCCCCUGCUCGGAAGCCUUCCCAAACCCCCCAGUAAGGAAAGAGAGGUGUCCACUGCUGUGGUGUUAAUAAGAGAUGGAUCCAAAACAUCUGAAAAGAUUCCCACCCCAAUCCACGUCCCUGCUCCUUCAGUUUCACCCGGGCCCACCAUCCCGGGCAGCAGUGGCCACUCAGUCUCCUUGUUAUUGAAGGAGAAAGACUACCAAGCUGAUAUUGGAGCAGUGGUGGGGGGCGAUGUUCAGAAUGCAGCUGGAGGGAAAGGGCCUCCCCGUAAGCAUGUAAACUGCAUGGAGAUCCCCCUUCAGACCAACCUGUCUUCAGAUGGUGGGAGAGGCGAGUCUCAUAGAGAGAGGACGUUCUCCUCAUCCUCCACCACGUCUGGCCUCUCAUCAGUGUCUGAAAACACAGACACGCUUACAAAGACCACAGAAGCUGAGGUAGUUAACAUGAAACCUCCAAUCAGAGAUGUAGGAAAACAAAAAAGCACUCCUCCACCACUGAGGAAUUCGCAGGAGCAAACGCCACAUCUUACCAGACAGAAGGAUGGAGGAGAUUUUGAAGCAGUGAAAAGACUCGAUCCUACCUUCCCCCCGAGGUCCCCCGCAAUAAGGAGAUUCAGACCACAGCCAAUUGAGGUGAAGUCACUGUCUACGGAAACACAGAAACAGGAGAUGCCAGCAAACACCACGGUAAACAAUAGACCUCAAACCAUUGAGGUUAAAUCCAUAGCUAAGAAUUCUGCAAAGCCAAUCGUGCCUCCAAAACCAAGUUGCAAAUUUAAACCUGCUGAUGUAGGAGCAACGCCAAUUGAAGCACAGAGACCAUCAGUAACAUCGACUGUGAAACCACAAGUUGAAGAGAGGUCUCAGACAAUUGUGGUGUCCUCACCGACUAUCUAUAGAAAGAUUUCCAAUGACUCCACAGCAACUUCAAACUAUACACGGAAACUGGCUGUGUCUGCAGUGUCCAGCCUCAAACCUCCACCAAGCAAAACAACAGCAACCACCAUCUCCAAUCUCUCAAACCAGUCGACAGCAACACCAGAGACAGAAGCAUGUAAUGACAGAGGACAACAACAACAACCUGCUGCCUCGCCUCAAAGCUCCAGAUACAUUCAGAGACCUACAACCUUAGCUCCAACCUCAACCACCAGUCCUGAUUUAACCUCAGCUCCAGGUCCAAUUUCUGAACCGAUGCCAAGCCAAAUCCCUGGACCUACCUCAGCUGGAGCCAACCAGCCAAGCCAACCAGCUGUUGUGAAUCCAGACAGCCAUCCAGUUCAUCCUAGGAUGGCAUGCCCUCAUGAACAAACUAUGCCGGCAACUUCAAACAAUGUGAAACAACCCGCUGCUGUUCACACGACACAUGUACCAGGAUACACACGCCAAUCGUACCGCAGAACACUGUCUGGCGAGCGUCCCAACAGAGCAGAUGACCUACGGUUUUAUGCCUCGGAUGAUCCUCCAAGCUACGAUGAAAGAGAAAGCUUCAGUCCCCUCGUGCUCCCUGAUCUGAGCCUCAAGAGGUCAAAUCGCUAUCAGCCCUCCUCCCAUCAUCCUCCCUGCUCCUGCACAGCCGGCUGCCCUUCCCACCCUGGACUCACAGCUCCUCACCAUCACCGCAGCCCUCACAACCUCACGCCCCCUGCCCCUCCACACUCUCCAGGCCAGGCGCUGCCUUACCAGGGGCCACAGCCCCCUCUCCGGCCCCACCAGUUCAGACCUGACCCUCUGCCAAUGAGCUACCAGCCCAGUUCCCCCAAAUCAAGUCCUUUUGGUCCAGGCCAGCCACCUACCCUGUACCAGCCUCUCCACCAGCCUCCUCCCUGCCCUCCCCACCCCUCACUCAUGCAGGCCUGCACUUCUGACCGGCCACUGCAACCGCCGCAGCAUAUUGACCACAGACGAGCCCCUAUGCACAGGUCCCCCCAGCAGCAACCACCAGGCAUGACUGGGGGUCCUUACAGUGAUCCUGGCCACAACCACUCACCUGGCCUUCCCACUAUGGAUCCCCAGUACAUGUGUGGUCCUCAAAGCAUGGGGACUUCCUAUGGCUCUGAUUACGGGGGUGACAGCUCUAGUUUGUACUCUGAGAGCAGCUAUGGACAAGCACCUCGCAGAGUGCUCCUAGAUCCUGAGACUGGGAAGUACUUUUAUAUUGAGGUGCCUGUGCAACCCCUAAGGAAAAUGUUGUUUGACCCAGAGACUGGCCAGUAUGUAGAGGUGCUCAUCCCACAGCAAGCAAUGUCCCAUUCUGGCCUGUAUCCUCCAUCAGCAGCCCCUUACCCAUCUCUCCACAAUCCCAACAUGUACGCCCCUGCUCCCCAGUACAUGCCCUAUGCAGCUCCUCCUCCCACAGCCCACACCCAGACUCAGCCUCAGCCACCUCGCUAUCCCGAGGCCUCUGCUGAAGCAACGAUGCAUCCAGGUGGGCCUGGGGUCAGCUAUAGGAACCGCUCUGUUCAGGGUUCCAAGUCAGAUUCCCAGAACCAUCCACCAUUGGACCAGAGCUACCUGGAGAGUAUGUAUUACAUCCCGACAGGGAUGAAUGCGAGCCCCAAUCCCACCCCACCAGACUAUUACCACAAACAUCCCCCCAACCUUCCCCCAACAGGGGGGAAAAGGUCUUGA